AACUCGCCUCUGAGCCUCGUCGGCGGCCGCGCUCGCAAAGAUGAGCCGGGAUAGCGGGUUCGACCACCACAUCACCAUCUUCUCGCCCGCGGGCAAGCUCUACCAGGUGGAGUACGCGAUCAAGUGCGCCCAGACGACGUCGGGCCUCACGUCCGUCGCCGUGCGCGGCAGGGACUCGUGCGUCUUGGUCACGCAGAAGAAGGUGCCCGACCGCCUCGUCGACCCGAGCUCCGUCACGAACCUGUACAAGGUCACGGAUUAUCUCGCCGUGCUCAUGACGGGCGCGCCGGCGGACUGCAAGACGCAGGCGACGCGUCUCCGCUACGAGGCGUCCGAGUUCAAGUUCCAGUACGGCUACGCGAUGCCCGUCGCCUCGCUGGCCAAGCGCGUCGGCGACAUCUGCCAGGUCUACACGCAGCGCGCGAGCCUGCGCGCCCUCGCCGCCAUCUGCAUCAUCGCCGCCGUCGACGACGAGAAGGGGCCCCAGCUCUUCAAGGUCGACCCGGCGGGCCACUACUUCCCCUACUUUGCGACGGCCGCCGGCGCGAAGGAGUCCGAGGCGACGAACUUCCUCGAGAAGAAGGUCGACGAGCUCAAGGACUACGACGCCGACGCCGUCGUGCGCUGCGGCAUCUCCGCGCUCCAGAGCGUCCUCAACGCCGACUUCAAGGCCUCGGAGAUCGAGGCCAUGGUCAUCGCGGGCAAGGCCCGGUGCCACGUCCUCUCCGACGAGGAGAUCGACGCCCACCUCAACGUCCUCGCGGAGACCGACGCCUAG